AUGGAAUUCGUCUCGCGGCGACGGCGCAACGGCAUCCGCAGCGCGUUCGCUCGCGGCGGCCGUCACAGCCGCAGUGAUUGCGGCGUGCGGAGUCGAGCCGCAGCAGCUGCUGUGCGCGCUUUUGGGCGAGGUGGGGAAUGUGUGACACCAUGUGUGUUAGCUCAACACGUGGAGCCUGUUUCUCAAGAUGCUCGGGAAUCAGGGUUUAAGAUAGGGGAUGGAGGGGAGGAGAAUUUGCGCGAGAGGGCGGGUGGGUCGCGUGCGGCGGAGGACGGGAAGGGGCUGACGCGGGCGUUUGUUGCAUGCCAGAUGUUGCAGGGGCUGCCACAAGGUGAGGAGGGAGGUGAGGAGGGAGGUGAGGAGGGAGGGGAGGAGGGAGGUGAGGAGGGAGGUGAGGAGGGAGGGGAGGAGGGAGGUGAGGAGGGAGGGGAGGAAGGAGGUGAGGAGGGAGCACCGCCAACCCCAACCCAGACCACAGACGCAGCGGCUGCAGCAGCCUCGCCUCUCCCACUCAGCACUUCGCACUCACAAGCCCUCCCUUCCACUCAAGAGCCACCCAUCACUCCCCUUCAAGCCCUGGAGCGUGCUGUCACAGCCACCCUCUCUGUAUCACUCCCGUUCAUCCUCCUCUCCUCCUCUUCAUCCUCCUCCUCCGCCCCCUCCUCUGUGUCCCUCUCUGCCCUGCGUGCCACGGCUCUUGACCGCCUUCUGCCCUCUGCUGUGGAUGCACUAGUGGGGGUAGAUGACCCGCAGCAGCAGCAGCAGCAGAAUGGUUGUGGGCAGCUGGGGGGAGGCAGUGAGCAGGUUGGCAGCAAGGCAGGCAGUGAGCAGGUUGGCAGCAAGGCAGGCAGUGAGGUUGGCAGCAAGGCAGGCAGUGAGCAGGUUGGCAGCAAGGCAGGCAGUGAGCAGGUUGGCAGCAAGGCAGGCAGUGAGCAGGUUGGCAGCAAGGCAGGCAGUGUCAAAGGACGGUCUCACUCACAAGCGAGCCUCUUCGGUGUGUCGAAGGACGGCCUCAGUCACAAGCGAGCCUCCUUCCUCCUCCAAGCAGCCGUCCCUGCAUGCGACCCCAUUCGCAGGGGCGGCAGUGCUGCUUCGGAAGAGGCAGAGAAGGGUGGAGAGAGGGAUACGGAUGACGAUGGGACAGGACAUGGGGCUGAGAGCGGCUCAUUGCAAGGCCACCAGGACCAGCAGCAGCAGCAGCAGCAGCAGCAGCAGCAGCAGCAGCAGCAGCAGCAGCAGCAGCAGCAGCGGCGGCAGGUGGAGGAAGGUCCGGAGGGUGCAGAAGGAGCAGCGGAGGAAAGAGAGCGAGGGGAGAGGCAGUGGGAGGAGCAGGCGAGGGUGGUGGCAGGGGAGUUGGAGGAGGUGUUGAGGAGGAGUGAGCGGUGGGAGGCGCUGAGCCUGGUGCUCAACACUCUGGAUGAGUUUGGCGUGCAUCUCUCAGAAGCCGUGUGGGACCCACAGAUGUCCUUCCUGCUCUCCUCCACGGCAGUUUCAUCAACCCCCUCGCAUCAUUCCAGUGCUGGCAACGGUGCCAGUACUGCUGCUGCUGCUGCUGCGCCUGCUACUGCAGUAGAUGCGGGAUUUCCUCCCCAAUCAUCAUGGGCCGCUGCUAUACCCGACGUGGACCUCCCCUUUAUCUGCAUUGCGUGGACACAAGGCUUCUCGCACAACAACCCUCAAGGCACGCCCCUUUCUCAUUCUUCAUCCCUGUUUUCUGUGGC